AUGGCUCGAAUUCCAUUGGAGUUUCUGUCUAUCACUCUACCCGUGCUACUCCUCGCGUACUUCCUUGCGAUUGAGUACGAAGUCAUUCUCCCAGCCAUCGCGCACACCAGCCUCGCUGGUAACCCCAAAGAAUAUCUCCAAUCGAUCUAUGAGCAAUUGAACCUCGACCUCCCCUCCACCUGCACCGUGAACCACCUGUCCGCCUUCGACAGCACACCCACUUCCCUCCUCAACUUCUCCACUUCCCCCUUGGAACAACUCGACGCCCCCAAGCUCCCUUCGGGUCUUAACGCCACCGCAGGGGAACAAUGGGCAUUUGAUGGAACGUCUUCGUCCGGCCACAGCGGCCUCCUGCUGGGCAUCUACCGCGACGCCUCGUACGCCUUCCUCGGACCGGGCAACUUCCGACUCUCUCUGGAUCUGGUCUGGGAUAACGGCACCACCUGGUCCACCGUCGACUACCUCUCCGCGUCGACCGUGCACACCUGCUCUGAUAAAGUGGUCGGCAUCUGGUCCCACUCUGCAGACCACUAUUACGUCUUCACCGUGACCGCCGACGCCAAGCACGCCCGCAUCCACUUCCACACUCCGGAUGUUGUCGGCGUCAUUGCCUUGCACAGCACUACCCCCGCGCGCUACCCGGACGGCCGGCUCUUCCCGUCUGAGAUAUCGUCGACGCAGAACGUGCCCAUGCUGCACUGGGUCGAGCCCAUCCCCGGUGGAUUAAUCGACGUCGACCUCAAAGUGAAAGACAUCCCUUUCCGCUGGACUGGACUCGGCGGCCACGAGCGCUGGUGGUCGGCGAAGGGGUGGUUAGAUAUCAUGACGCAUUGGGAGGCUGUACGGCUGAUGGCAGGGCCAUACGUGCUGAGCUUCUGGCAGCCCACCUCCCGCGUAAAUGAGGUGGCGUAUCCAUCCGCGUUCUUGACCAAGUACGGCGAGAAGGUGUUUUCAGCUGUAAGCGGCGAGGUGUCGGAGGUGGAGGAUUAUAUUCUGUAUCGUCCGGUAAGGGCGGAGAGACAGGAGAGGGAGACGGGGUAUGAAGUCGAGUUGGUCUCUCCGGUACAAGGGAGGAAAUGGGUGUUUGGGUUGGACUAUCGCAAUCAGGAGUUUGAGGCGAAGGGUGGGGAGAUUCAUGCAGAUGAGAAGCUGGAGGAGCCGUCCGAGGGCGUGUUCUUCAUUGAACAUGUGAAUGUCGAGGCGUUAACUGUCCCCAGGGCUUAUGUGGUUGUUUCUGAGUGGUUCUAUCGGGUGCGGGCGCAGGUGCUCAACUCGUGGGGGAAUGGGGGGCAGUAG